AUGGUAUUACUUCUUCGUCGUAUGUCAUGUCUGGAACAAUUAACUUUAUAUAUUCAUGUAAAAGGUCGAAAUAGAGUGCUUGAUGGUACUUAUGUUCAACGUGACAUUCUUGAUUAUAUGCCACAACUUCAUUCAUUCACUUUCUAUAUUGGUACUUAUGUCGAUACUAUUGGCUUAUCCUACAAAUUAUCUAAUGAAAAUAUUCGACGAACAUUAACAAAUAUUGGACAACAACAUGCAACUAGUAUCGUUAAUUAUGUUAGUACCGACAAAGCUGCAUGCUCGAUUUUCUCACUUCCUUUUGCUUUUGAUUAUCUCGAACAUCUUGGCAAUGCAUUUCCAAAUAUUGUAUUCACUUAUGUUACAUAUUUACUUGUAGAAGAUGAUGAUCCAUUCAAACAUGAAUUCUUCAUUCGAAUUGCUCGAUCGUUUCCAUUACUGAAAUAUUUACGUAUUUUCAAUAUAGAAUCACCAGUAUUAUGUGAUCUUAUGACAUCUGAAUCGGGCAAUAAUAAAUUAUAUAAACGUGAUCAUGAUUGCUCACAAAUUGAAGAAAAUAAUAAUAAAAAGAAAAAACAUAAUAUGUGUUCAAAAUGUCAAGAUAGAGAAGAUAUGAAAACACUUCUCACUAUUGCUACGAGUGGAACUCAUUUCACAUUUAAUAAUCAAUAUUACAAACAACAUAAUGGUGUUGCUAUGGGUUCACCCCUAGCACCCAUUAUAGCUGACAUUUUCAUGAUUAAUCUUGAAAAUAAUAUAAUGAAAAAAUUACGUAAUUCUGGUGUUCUAUGGGAUAUUGCAAGAAAAAAUGGAUAUCCUUAUAAUUUUGUAGAAUGUCAAAUAAGACAUACUUUAAAUAGAUAUUUACGUAAACAAAAAAUGAAUGAAACAGAAAAUAAAAAAGAUUGUCAAGAUAAUAAUAUAAAAGAAAUAAAAGAUAAAAAUAAAAAUGAUAAUAUUAUUGUUGAUGUUCCAUAUGUUGGUAAAUCAACAAGUAAAUUCAUAAAGGACAUAAAACAACUAGCUAAACGUAUUAAACCAGAAACUUCAAUCUUAGCAAUACAAAGACCAUCACCUAAAGUUGGUCAAUUCUUUAAAAAUAAAGACAAAACAUUAAAAAAUUCACAAUCUGGUGUAGUCUAUCAAAUAAAAUGUAAUUCUUGUUCUUCUUCUUAUAUUGGACAAACAAAUAGACAACUUACACGAAGAUUAAAAGAACAUGGUGAAAUACAAAUCAAUCCAACAAAACAACAACAACAAAAACAAAAAUCAUUACAACACCAACAACAACUACACCAACUUCGUAGAUCCGAUAGAAUAGCAUCAAAAAAUCUUCCAAUUAUUUCUUAUUAUGAAUCAGAUACUAGUAGUGAUACAAUUAGUGAUAAUGGCAUGUUUUUAAUCAAUAAUCAAAAUGAGUCAAAAAAUAAUUCUGCAGUUUAUCGACACAUGACUGAAACUAAUCAUCAAAUGGAUUGGCAAAAUGUGAAAUUAUUAUACAAAGAUAAACAUCCUUAUAAAUUAUUAGUGAAAGAAUCACUUGCAAUAUUAGAACAUGUACCAACACUCAAUUUAACUACUCAAUCAACACCACUUAUAGUGUUUCCAGAUGGUCAUACAAAUCGGCGCAAAGAAAGAGAUAAAAUAUAA